AUAAGGUUAUGUUUAUCUGUGUUUAUAUUUAAUUUAUUUAAAAAAUGUCAUCUGUUUCAGUGUUUUGUUGUUUAAGAGGUUGUUUAGAUGGUUUUAAUUUUAAAACUCCCGUACAGCACAUUCCGAAACCCAAUCCCAUUCAGUUAGAUACUUCUUUCAUGGGAUAUGAAGUUGUUAUUGUAAAAGGGGGACAGAGAGCGUGUGGCGCAGGGGCUGUGUUAGGAAAUGCACCGCUAGUUCAAUCAAAAUCAUACUUUGAAGUAAAGGUACAACAAGCAGGUCUGUGGUCAAUAGGUUUAGCAACAAGACAAACAAAUUUAAGUUUAACAGUAGGAGGCUUCGAUGAAUUUUCAUGGACGUUGUGCAGUGAUCAUAUUUUAAGGCAUAAUAAACAAGAACUGUUUAAAAUAAAUAUUUCAAAUAAUAUAGAAGAGGGCUUUCAAAGUAUUCAGGAAGGGGAUAUUAUAGGAGUGUCCUUUGAUCAUAUACAACUUAAAUUUUAUGUUAAUGGAAAAGAAAUAGAUUAUUCAAUAUCAAACAUUAAAGGAACUACAUAUCCUGCCUUAUAUGUGGACGACGGGGCCAUUUUAGAUAUUAUUCUAGAGAAUUUCACUUUUCCACCUCCACCAGGAUUUGACAAAAUUAUGUUAGAGCAAUCAUUACUUUAGAAUUAAAAAACAACAAUCCAAUUGAUUAUUUGCACUGUAGAAUCAAAGCAAACUUGUGUAAGUUUUAUGUAUUUUUGAGAUUAAUUAAUUGCUAACUGAUCAGUAUUUUCUGUCUGUAAGACAUCUUUAAUCGUAUUAAAAAAGUAAAUGUUCUUAACAUUUAUAUAAAUAUUCUUAACCCAUUGAGAUGAUAAUAUAAAACUAAUAUCUAACUUGAAUAGUUGGUUAAAAUAUUAUAGCUCAGUUGGUGUUUUGCUCAAUGAGAUUUGUUUUGGAACAAUAAUAGUAAAAAACGAGAAAAAACCUUAAUCAUAGACAUAAGAAUUUUAAAACAUUAGCUUCUCAAUAAUUUAGUGAAAGAAUUCAAGUAUUAAAUUAUGUGCAUUCCAGUACUAUCAUGUUAUGCUUUUAAUAAUAGAGUAAUAAGAAUUUACAAGUGAAUCAUAUCUGUGGUAUCAUAAAAUUAGCAUUUCUGAAUAUACACAAUACUUCUAAAUAUGUAAAAUGUGCAGAUAAGAUAGCUAACUAUUAAAUUGUUAUAAAUAUAUUUAGACUAUAUAAAAGUAGUGUUAUUGGUCAUGAAAAAAAUAAUUUUACCUUGCUGGAAACAAAACAAGAUAUUUAAACAAUCUUAUCAAACAUCACCCAUCUGCGGAGAUAUUUAAUAUAUUACGUGAAAAAACUAGAAAAUCUCCUAUUUCUCUUAGAUGAAGAUGACGGCAUAAAGAUGUCUAUAAUUAUAGAUAUCUUUAUGCAGAAUACAGUUCGUUUUUGAAAAUAAAAUUUUAUGUCAUAUCAAGUGGCUAACAAAAAUUGUUAUUUAGCAAAUUUACUAUCCAUUCAGUAUACUUUUUUAUUUAAUAUUUUAUAUAUUACUCUGACUUAAGUUUUAAAGCAUUCCUAAAAAUAUUACUAUUUUAUAUUUACUACUACUAUUUACUAUUUUAUAUGGAACUAUAUUCUACUAUUAGCAUUAAAUAAUACAAUUGCAAAGAAAGAAGUUUUAAUAUACCAUAAGAUCGAAAAAAAAAACGGCGUCAAAACCGGCUAUAGAAUGACACUGGACAACAAUUUUGGUGAGGUCAAGCCCUAGACGUCGUUUUCUUGGCCCGUACUCUUCUAUAUUGUGUAAUGGGACUUAAUGCCAGUUGGCCUUAAGAAGGUUAUAAUUUAUUUUUAUAUUGAGUAAAAAUUAUUUUCAAAUGGUGUAGUAAAUUGGAGAAAAUUUUUUUUGCAAAUUGAUUUGUGUGUCUGGAAACGUUCUAUCUGGUAAUUUUUGAUAAAUUUUUUAUCAAUUUUUAGUAAAUGGCGUCUAGAGAUUGACCGCGCCAAAAUUAUCAUCAAUUAUCAUUUCCCAGCCUUCUUUGACGUCGUCUUUUAUUCGAUCAUACGGUAGUAUCGUUAGUCUUAUUAUAUUUUUGAGCAGUGCAAAUUAUCAAAUAUAUUUAUUUUUAAUUGUAAUAUAACAUUAGAUAAUUUAUUAAAAAGAAACAAAUUAGAUUAUAUUUAUUUUAACUUAAGAUAAUAAUAUUCUUGACACUAUUGUAUGUAUUGUACACUUCGUGUUAACGAAAAAAACCUUUGAAGAGUUGAAUAAACAUUACCUUAUGUUUAUGUUGAAACUGUAGUUCAUAAUUCCCAAAAUAAAGCAAGACAUGGUGUUUUUACUUCUCAUUUAGUUGAAAAAUACCUUAUCUUUUGAGUGACAGACCUCAAUUUUAGCUAAGGCACUUUUCCUUAACACGGCAGUAUAGCUCAUAAUGAUUUAUCUUUUUAUGGCAGAAUUUUCUUUUUUAUUUUUUUUAUGCUGAACUUAAUAGCUUAUUUUAGUUAUAUUUUUUGAAACCUCAUUUUAGAUAUAAUAGCGCAUGUAUACUAAAGACGUCCAUUAUGCUGUCUGCAUAACAGAUUAGUUAAAUUUAACCAAAAAGGAAGAGAAAGUAUAUAUUGAAAUAAAUAUUAUAAUAAAAA